CUGUAUUCGUAUUUUUUUUUAGUUCUUACACUCCAUAUUUAUGUACAGUAUUUGUUAUAGCUGCACCAGUCAGCACCACCCAUCUUCUUCAACAAGCUACAAACCAAUUUUAAAAAGCAGAGUGAGCGGUGGGGACAGCUCCCACCAAACAAUGGCUAGAGCCACCAUUGGCUCAGCCACUCCUAUCUCCUCCUCCUUCCGCCAUCUCAAAAACCUCUCUAAUUCUUCCCCUCCCCGACACGUCACCUUCCGCCGUUCUAAAACUAUCUGCGCCACCGCAAUGUCGGACGGCAAAGUUCCUCAUCCAUCACUAGAAGUCACAGGCGGAGCUCGAGACAAGUUUCUCUCUGCUUUUAAAUCCCUUCAUAAUCCAUACAAUCCUUAUCCCAUCGUCGCUGGGAAUCGCCAUAUAGAAACUAUUUUUGCAGCUUUCUUUAGGUCCGUUCCUGACGUUCGUCUCCGGCGAGAGUGUUUGCGGACUAAGGAUGAUGGCUCCGUCGCUCUCGAUUGGGUAUCCGGCGACGAUCGUAGCUUACCUCCCGACUCCCCGUUGCUCAUUUUGCUUCCAGGUCUGACUGGGGGAAGCGAUGACUCGUACGUGAGGCAUAUGCUGCUGAGAGCUAGAAAUAGGGGUUGGAGAAUUGUGGUAUUCAAUAGUAGAGGAUGUGGAGAUAGUCCUGUGACAACUCCCCAGUUCUAUUCAGCUUCAUUUCUUGGGGAUAUGUAUGAAGUGGUGGCACAUGUCAGCAACCGCUAUCCAGCGGCAAAUUUAUAUGCAAUAGGCUGGUCUCUUGGAGCAAAUAUUCUUGUUCGCUACUUGGGACAGGAAUCUCAUUCUUGCCUUCUCUCAGGUGCUGUUUCCUUGUGCAAUCCAUUCAAUUUGGUCAUUGCAGACGAAGAUUUCCAUAAGGGCUUUAACAAUGUUUAUGACAAAGCAUUAGCAAAUUCUCUCCGCAAAAUUUUCAAAAAGCAUGCUCUACUGUUUGAAGAUAUGGAAGGCGAAUUUAAUAUAUCAUUAGCUGCCAAUGCCAAAACUGUUAGAGAAUUUGAUGAUGGACUGACACGAGUUUCAUUUGGAUUCAAGUCUGUGGAUGAUUACUAUUCUAACUCGAGCAGCUCAGAUUCCAUUACAAAUGUCUGCACACCUCUGCUUUGUAUCCAAGCUGCAAAUGAUCCAAUUGCUCCAGCCAGAGGAAUCCCUCGUAAAGAUAUUGAGGAGAACUCAAACUGUAUGAUGAUUGUAACCCCUAAAGGAGGCCAUCUUGGUUGGGUGGCAGGUCCGGAAGCACCACGAGGAUGCCCAUGGACUGAUCCACAUGUGAUGGACUUCUUGGAGUAUAUAGAACAUGAUAAAUCUGCUUCAGCUGCAUGUGCUAGUAAUCAGGAGACUAUGAACAACGGUAUUACUGAAAGAUUCCAACACCUUGAGGUAUAGCAACAAGGUGUCGAAUUAGAAUAUUCCAUCAUUUUGAUAUAGGCACAUAUCAAGCACUGUCUGAUGAGACAGUAAUGUAUGUAUCAUAAAUCGUCAAAUUUUGGCGAGUUCAUGCUCUGCAACAUGGAGCCUAUUCUUUGAUUAUCCUCCACACAUCCAAGAAUUGUAUAAGUCAUAGUGUUGUUUGGUGAAGCUAGUCAAGAACAAUCCCUUAAGGAAAUUUUCUAUUUAUAGAUUGCUACGGCCUGCGAAGUGGUCGAUGUUGUACUCUAGUAACUGUAACUGCAAUUCUAUGCUCCUCAUUGAAGAUGGAGUUAACUCGGCAGAAUUAGUUGAGACUAACACCUUCUUUGGAUGGUUGUUAUCUGUUGUAUUGAAUUGUGUUGCUAGUUUAAAUACAAUGCUUGUUUUGAUUGUUA